AUGGAGGGUGGGGAUGUGUUUAGAGUUAGCAGUGCACGUAUAAGUAGUUCUAACAUAUGGAGGACAAGCGGUAGAGAUAUAUUUUCAAGGUCUUCAGUGGAAGAAGAUGAUGAAGAAGCAUUGAAAUGGGCAGCUAUAGAGAAACUACCAACAAAUCUCCGACUGGAAAGAGGCAUACUAACUGAAGAGAAAGGCCAACCGAGAGAAAUUGAUAUCAAGAAUCUUGGAUUGGUUGAGAAAAGGAAUCUCCUCGAGAGGCUUGUGAAAAUCGCGGAGGAAGAUAAUGAGAAGUUCUUGUUGAAACUCAAGGAUCGUAUUGACCGAGUUGGAAUUCAACUUCCCACUAUCGAGGUUCGGUUUGAGCAUUUAAACAUUGAUGCAGAAGCCUAUGUUGGAGGCAGGGCACUGCCUACCGUAUUCAACUUUAUUGUCAACAUCAUGGAGGGAUCCUUAAAUUAUAUGCACCUUCUUCCAAGUAGAAAGAUCCCGUUACCAAUCCUUCAUGAUGUCAGUGGUAUUAUUAAGCCUGGGAGAAUGACAUUGCUUUUAGGCCCACCAAGCUCCGGAAAAACAACACUGCUUUUGGCUUUGGCUGGAAAACUUGGAUCAGACUUAAAAGUAUCUGGUAGAGUAACUUACAAUGGACAUGAAAUGCAUGAGUUUGUCCCACAAAGAUCAUCGGCUUAUAUAAGUCAACAUGACCUUCAUAUUGGAGAAAUGACAGUCAGAGAAACACUAGCGUUCUCCGCCAGAUGUCAAGGAGUUGGAGCAAGUUAUGAAAUGUUGGCAGAAUUGUCGAGGAGAGAGAAGGAAGCAAACAUUAAGCCGGAUCCUGAUCUUGACAUCUACAUGAAGGCAGCAUCGCUAGAAGGACAAGAGGCUAGUGUUGUCACCGAGUAUGUUAUCAAGAUUUUAGGCCUUGAAGUAUGUGCUGAUACCAUAGUAGGGGAUGAAAUGUUCAGAGGUAUUUCUGGAGGGCAAAAAAAGCGAGUCACUACUGGGGAAAUGUUGGUUGGACCAGCAAGGGCGUUGUUCAUGGAUGAGAUAUCAACUGGAUUGGACAGUUCAACAACUUUUCAAAUAGUGAAUUCGAUCAGGCAAUCAAUCCACAUUCUUCAGGGAACUUCUAUAAUAUCACUCCUCCAACCUGCACCAGAAACGUAUGACUUAUUUGAUGAUAUCAUCCUUCUCUCGGAUGGACAAAUUGUUUACCAAGGUCCCCGUGAGAAUGUGCUAGAGUUUUUUGAGUACAUGGGAUUCAAAUGUCCCGAGAGGAAAGGAGUUGCAGACUUUUUACAAGAAGUGACAUCCAAGAAAGAUCAGGAGCAGUACUGGAUACGAAGAGAAGACCCUUACAGUUUCAUUACUUCAAAAGAAUUUGCAGAAGCAUUUCAGUCAUUCCAUGUUGGAAGAAGGCUAGGGGAUGAACUUUCUACUCCGUUUGACAGAACCAAGAGCCACCCAGCUGCUUUAACUACAAAGAAGUUCGGUGUUAACAAAAAGGAAUUAUUAAAAGCUUGCAUAUCUAGAGAGUACUUGCUUAUGAAAAGAAACUCCUUUGUGUAUAUAUUCAAGAUGACACAGCUUAUUUUCAUGGCUACUAUAACAAUGACACUAUUCCUAAGGACCGAGAUGCCAAAAAAUACAUUGAUUGAUGGUACAAUUUUCAUGGGGGCAUUGUUUUUCACGUUAGUCAUGAUUACAUUCAACGGAUUCUCAGAGCUAGCCUUGAGCAUUAUCAAGCUUCCCGUGUUUUACAAACAAAGAGACCUUCUCUUCUUUCCUGCUUGGGCAUACUCUAUACCCACAUGGAUUCUCAAGAUCCCUGUGACAAUUGUUGAGGUUGCCACUUGGGUAAUUAUGACUUAUUAUGUCAUAGGAUUUGAUCCUGAUGCCGGAAGGUUCUUCAAACAAUUGAUGUUGCUCAUAUGCAUUCACCAGAUGUCGUCUGCUCUAUUUCGUUUCAUAGGGGCAUUAGGGAGAAAUAUCAUUGUGGCCAACACAUUUGGCUCAUUUGGAUUGCUUACUAUUUUUGUUCUUGGUGGAUUCAUCUUGGCACGAGAUGAUAUACAAAAGUGGUGGAUAUGGUGUUAUUGGUUUUCACCUAUGAUGUACGGACAGAAUGGUAUGGCUGUCAAUGAAUUCCUUGGAAAGAGUUGGAAUAAAGUUUUACCCAACUCCACAGAAACAAUUGGUGUCUCUGUCCUUAAGUCUCGUGGAAUUUUCCCAGAAGCAAAAUGGUAUUGGAUAGCCGUAGCUGCUUCAGUUGGAUACAUUUUCCUCUUCAAUAUCUGCUUCACCUUGGCUCUUGAAUACCUCAAUCCCUUUGGGAAUCCUCAGGCAGUUCUAUCCGAAGAAAGCUUGGCUGAGAGAACAGCUAUGAAAACAGAACCAAUGCAUGCCUUAAUCACUGAAUCUGUAGUAACAUUAUCUAUAUUAAAAAAUGCAGAAAGAAAAAGUGAAGUUCGAAGAAAUGCAUCGUCUAUGUCAAUGUCAUCAAGAGUGGGCAGUAUUAAUGGAACAGAUCAGACCAAGAAGCGUGGAAUGGUUCUACCUUUUGUGCCCCUUUCCAUCACAUUUGAUGACAUAAAAUAUGCAGUGGAUAUGCCUCAGGAAAUGAAAGCUCAAGGUGUAUCCCGAGACCGGCUAGAACUACUAAAGGGUGUGAGUGGUGCUUUUAGGCCAGGAGUUCUCACAGCUCUGAUGGGGAUUAGUGGUGCUGGUAAGACCACCUUAAUGGAUGUUUUAGCUGGAAGGAAAACAGGUGGAUAUAUCGACGGAAGAAUCAGUAUCUCUGGGUACCCAAAGAAGCAAGAAACAUUUGCUCGCAUAGCAGGAUAUUGUGAGCAAACUGAUAUUCACUCCCCUCACGUCACAAUCUAUGAGUCCUUGCAAUAUUCUGCAUGGCUCCGGUUACCUCCUGAAGUUGAUUCAGCAACCAGAGAGAUGUUCGUUGAGGAGGUGAUGGAGCUUGUGGAGCUGAUUCCACUUAGGGAAGCACUUGUGGGGUUACCUGGAGUGAACGGGCUUUCAACAGAACAGCGGAAGAGGCUGACGAUUGCAGUAGAGCUAGUAGCAAACCCAUCUAUAAUUUUUAUGGAUGAGCCCACAUCAGGACUUGAUGCAAGAGCAGCAGCAAUAGUCAUGAGAACAGUUAGAAACACAGUUGACACAGGAAGAACAGUGGUCUGCACCAUACAUCAGCCAAGUAUCGACAUCUUUGAUGCUUUUGAUGAGCUUUUUCUUUUAAAAAGAGGAGGUGAAGAAAUAUAUGUCGGUCCAUUAGGACGCCAUUCUUCGCAAUUAAUUACGUACUUUGAGGAAAUAGAAGGAGUGAAUAAAAUUAAAGACGGUUACAAUCCUGCAACUUGGAUGUUAGAAGUGACUUCAGCAGCACAUGAAGCAACUCUAGGGGUUAACUUCGCAGAAGUGUACAAGAACUCCGAACUAUACAAGAGAAAUAAAGAGACGAUAAAGGAAAGUAGCCGGCCUAUACCUGGUUCUGCUGAUAUACAGUUCCGCACUCAGUAUUCGCAAUCUUUUUGGACGCAAUGUAUGGCAUGUCUGUGGAAACAGCAUUGGUCAUAUUGGCGAAACCCUCCAUACACUGCAGUGCGUUUCUUAUUUACAACCUUUAUAGCUUUGAUGUUUGGCACAAUCUUCUGGGAUAUGGGCUCCAAAAGAGAAAAGCAACAAGAUCUUUUUAACGCGAUGGGUUCUAUGUAUGCUGCUAUACUCUUUAUCGGAGUACAAAAUGCUACAUCAGUGCAGCCAGUUGUUUCCAUCGAAAGAACAGUCUUUUACAGGGAAAGAGCUGCUGGGAUGUAUUCAGCUUUGCCAUAUGCUUUCGGACAGGUUAUGAUCGAGAUCCCAUACAUCUUUGUUCAGACUAUUGUCUAUGGGAUCAUCGUAUACGCAAUGAUUGGAUUCGAGUGGACAGCAGUCAAGUUCUUUUGGUAUCUCUUCUUUAUGUACUUCACCUUCUUGUACUUCACGUUUUAUGGGAUGAUGACGGUUGCAGUAACGCCAAACCACAACUUUGCUGCUAUCAUCUCAUCGGCAUUUUACGCAAUAUGGAAUCUGUUUUCCGGGUUCAUUGUUCCAAGGACGAGGAUGCCCAUAUGGUGGAGAUGGUAUUAUUAUAUCUGUCCUAUCGCUUGGACAUUAUAUGGGUUGGUUGCUUCACAGUUUGGGGACAUAACAGACAAGCUUGAUACAGGCGAAACAGUUGCAGAGUUUGUCCACAGUUUUUAUGGGUUUGAAUACGACUUUAUACGAUAUGUAGCAGUAAUCAUUGUUGGAUUUACUGUCCUGUUUGGAUUCAUUUUCGCAUAUUCCAUCAAGGCAUUUAACUUCCAAAAACGGUAGUAAAAGAUCAUCAAGUCCAUCAACAACGAGAUCGUGGAAGUACAGGAAGCAAUUGGCAGUAUGUAAAUCAAGAAACUUGUUUCAUUUUCUAGCAUUCUAUUAGUUAGUUGAUGUCAUUAGCCCAAAUCUAUGUCCUAAUGACUACAGAGUUAUGAGUCCUUA